GAUCUGAAAGAAGAAAUGACCUUCAUUAGUGACAUUUAUUAACAACACUCAUAACAGCUUUGCUCACAAUGAUAGCACACCGGGGGAGUGAAAUUAUUUCUUUACAUAUUGUGUGUAGCAGCUUUGAAUGCUCAAUGUAAGGUAAAUGAGCUGCUUUUCUUGUUUUUUUUUUUGUUGUUUUUUUAUUUUGAUAUGACAAGAGAACAGAGCGUGACAACACAGGCUUCACUGACCAAGAAGACACUAAAUUGUUGAUUAUGAAAUCAGCACAAUCAUGGAUUGUGGAUCAGUUGAUGCGUUUUGCACUUUAAUAUCAGUGCAUCCAUGUGUCUCCGGAUUUUGAUCUGUAAAUCUUUCUCACUUGGACAUGAAAAUUAUUUUGGAGCUUCAAAUCAUGGAUAAGUCAAUCCGUAACACAUCCAAUGGAAAACCUACCAUUCCACCAAAACCAAACCUUAAUGCUUCACACCAGUCAAGGCACUUUGGUCCCUCUAGCAGUGUGGCUCAAGCUUUGCGUAACUUUGAAAAAGGAACGGGCAAGCAAACAGCAGUAAACAACAAUAAAGUGAGAAGAUACUCUGAAAAUAUAAGCCAAGAUGGAAGGUCUGUGGUAGUUGGAACUAGAUUGUCAUGUCCACCCAGGGCAAAGGACCAAGCAGAGAAAAUAUCUUCAGUUUCUAGACUGAGGGAAACAAAUCUUCAACUGGCAGUAGAUGAUGUGGAUGUUGGUCGAUCAGCUCCUGAUGGCAGUGAAGUAAAUAAUGUGAGUGGCACCUUAGAGAAUCAUCAGGGCUCAACUGCACCACCUACCCACUCAGAGGAGAAACACUGUCAUUGCCUCUGCCAUCUUCAAAGGCCUGGUAUGAAACUAAUCUGGGUUCCUCUACAUGAGGAGAAAAAUAACAUGGAUACUGCAAUUGAAAAGAAUCACAAACAUCGAAACAUAGGAGGUCAGAUAAAUGAGCAUGUUUUACACCUAACCAGCAAUGACGUCAGAUGGCGACUGAACAGCCGAUCUUCCAAUUCAAAACCCCAAGCAUUGCCUCCAUGUAUAAAUUGCCAAAGCUUCCUGCUUCACCACAGCCCUAACAAAUUAGCAGGGAAUGGAUUUGCAUAUGCUUAUAAAUCAUUUCAAAGCCAUUCAAAACCCCCUUUACCACCAAGGACUUAUCAGUCAUCUGAGUAUCAAAAUACCCAGCAGUAUGCACAGCUAGAACACACAGAUGAUCAUAUAUAUUUGGAUAUUUUGCCAUCAAAUGACAAUAAAGUUACCCCUCCAGCUGUCCCCCCUCGACCUCCCCCACAACUUCCUCUACAUCCUCAAAAUACAAAAAAACGGUCUUCCCACCCAGUGCUGGCAUGUGUAGUUUCUCUUCGAGGCGGCGGGCCACCAAUCAGAAACACCAGCAAAAGAGAGAAUGGAAAAUCGUCUCGCCACAUAUCUAUGUCAAACCCAACAGGUAAGAGCUAUGAAAAUGGUGAUUUUGAAGACUGGGAGUCUAUUGACACAGAAGCGCUGUGUGACAAAACAGCAAGCCCACGGAGAAUCUCCAGUGACUGGGAGCCAAACAGCGACUAUGAACCUCUAUAUCAGAUCUACCAGGCAAAGGUCCUGAAAGAAGCCAGUCAGAUCCAGUCUGAUAGUCCUAAUUGCAACAGGAGGAGUGUUAGUGAAACCCUGGGUCUUGAGGGUCCCGGAGGGUUUGCAGUGGUUGGCACCCGAUUCAAGAGAGGCCCUGAAGAGAUUACACUCUGGCAGGAUUUACCAGUGGUCGAGGAAAGUGGAGUGUUACAUAAACUCACUCGCACUGAAAAACAGAGACAAGAGAGCAUGUUUGAGGUCCUCACCUCUGAGGCCUCCUACCUGCGCUCCCUGCGUGUUCUGAAGGAUCAUUUCUUGGGGUCACGCGAACUCAGUGAGACUCUGGUCAUUCAUGAUAGGAGGGUCCUCUUCUCCAACCUCUUGCAGGUCUAUGAAGUCAGCGAGAGGUUUAUAGGGGAUCUGCUGAAGCGAGUAGAUGAGAGUGUGGUGAUAUCUGAUGUGUGUGACAUAAUUUAUGAGCACUCAGAGAAUCAUUUCUCAGUCUUUAUUGAUUAUGUUCGAAAUCAGCAGUACCAAGAGAAAACCUACAGCAGACUGAUGGAGAGUAACAGAGAUUUUUCUCUUGUGAUGAGGCGGCUAGAGUCAUCUCCACUUUGUAAACGUCUGCCCUUCACAUCCUUUAUGCUUCUGCCUUUCCAACGAAUCACCCGCAUCAAAAUCCUUAUACAGAAUAUUCAAAAGCGGACUGCAAAGGGCACAAAAGAGGAGGAAACAGCUUCAAAGGCCCUGGCUUCAGUCUCCAAGCUAAUCAUGCAGGCAAACACACAGGUGGGGCAGAUGAAACAGAUGGAGGAGCUCAUUCAGAUCUCUAACAAGCUGGAGUUUGACAAGCUCAAGGCAAUCCCAAUUGUUUCUAAAACACGCUGUCUAGAUAAACAGGGAGAACUCCAAGAGCUAUGUAAAAGAGGGUCUCUCUUCAGCAUCCGCAACAAAUGUACCCCUGUGUAUAUGUUCCUCUUCAAUGACCUUCUCAUUCUCACCAUGAAGAAAAGAAAAUUGAAUGACCAAAAGAUACACGGACCCAUGUGUUGUCCUUUCAUGCCUCCCUCUCCUCUCAGUGGCUCUCCAGACCGCUUUGUGGUGAUUGAUCAUGCGCAUCGGUCUCUGGUUCAAGUACAGGCCACAGAAAACAAUCUUUGGCCACACUUGGAUCACUGUUUCUGUUUGACCCUACUGGAAAACCAUCGGGGGAACACAUGUGAACACUUGCUCAAGGCUAAUACAGAGUCAGACAUGCAUAGGUGGAUGGCUGCUUUCCCGUCGAUUAAAGCAGCCCUCGGGGAGGACAAGAUUUAUGAGGACUGGGACUGUCCCCAAGUGCAGUGUGUCAGUCAGUAUGUAGCAAAACAGGCAGACGAGCUAAGCUUGGAGCCAUCUGAUGUCAUCAAUGUGCUGCGCAAAACCAGUGAAGGUUGGUAUGAAGGCAUGCGUCUCUCUGAUGGAAAGAAAGGCUGGUUUCCAGCAAAGAAUACAUCAGAAGUAACCACUGAUCACCAGAGACGACGGAAUGUGAGGGAGAAGUACCAAAUCGUACAAGCAACCAGUCAAAACACUUAAAGUUGACUCCAAUAUACUUUCUGCCCAUCCCAUUCGCCCUCACUUCUCAAUAGCUUCCUGUCACUCACAAACACAAAGACACUAUGAAGUUGUCUGGCACAAACACUCAUUUCCUAUUGAAGCAGGAAGCUGGGACUAAUUAGUAUCAUUAUUUUUGAAUAUAAAGAACAUCAAGAAGUUCAAAAGGUUAAAAAUGUUCAAAAGGAAGCUUGGAUUGUGAAAAAUAAAUUUUAUUAGAUGUGGUGUUGUCAUAACUUUACUGACACCUAUCGCAUCGAAUAGAGCAGAACACAAUUUGUUUUUGAUGAUAAAUGCCUAUGUAGAACACCUUCUUCACAGGUGACACAAUAAAAUGUUUACUAAUA